UUCUCUCUCCACAUUCCACAUUCUCUCUCUCUCUCUCUCUCUCUCUCUCUCUCUCUCUCUCUCUCUUGCGUUCUCGCUCUCGCGUCGCCAAUGGUGCGCGUGAGCAAUGGCGUGCUCGGGGCCCUCAACGUGGCGGCGCUCGUCCUCUCCGUGGCGGUGCUCGGCGCCGGGCUCUGGCUCGGGCACCGCGCCGGCACCGACUGCGAGCGGUUCCUGCAGCGGCCGAUCGUGGCGGUCGGCGCCUUCCUCCUCGUCUUCUCCCUCGCCGGGAUCGCCGGGUCCUGCUGCCGCAGCUCCUGCCUCCUCUGGCUCUACCUGCUCGCCAUGUUCCUCCUCAUCCUCCUCCUCUUCUGCUUCACCCUCUUCGCCUUCCUCGUCACCAACAAGGGCGCCGGGUGGGUCGUAUCGGGGAGGGGGUAUAAAGAGUAUCGCCUCGGGGAUUACUCGCACUGGUUGCAGAAGAGGGUGGAGAACGACGCGAACUGGGCGAAGAUCCGGAGCUGUUUGCAGGACGGGAAGGUGUGCGAGAGCCUCGGGAGGAGGAAUCAGACGCUGGAUCAGUUCAUCAACGACAACUUGUCCCCGAUUCAGUCCGGAUGCUGCAAACCUCCGACAGCAUGUAACUUCACCUACCAGACUGAGACAGUGUGGAUUAAACCCAUCGGGUUUAACUCCACCGAUAAUCCGGACUGCAACACCUGGUCGAAUGAUCAAACCGCGCUCUGCUACGAUUGCCAAUCUUGCAAGGCAGGGGUGCUCGCCAACCUCAAGAAUGACUGGAAGAAGGUUGCCACCGUCAACAUCAUCAUCCUCAUUUUCCUCAUUGUGGUCUAUUCCAUUGGGUGCUGUGCCUUCAGGAAUAACAGACAGGAUAAUUCCUAUCCUUAUCCGGGCUGGAAAUGAGGACAAGUACGGUGGAUAGCUCGAUUCAGGCCAGUGCUUCUUCAUGCCCUCGAUUACUAUCGUUUCGAUUCUUUUCUUCAGUUUCUAUAUCUUUGGAGCAACAUCGCUAUCUGUUGCAUGUUAGCGUAGGGUACAAAUAUCUGUUGUAAGGAUGUUGCAUAUGCGUCCAUGUUGUAACAGCUCGUGUUUACUGCUUAAUUCCAUAUUCUCUUUUGUUCUAUACUUGAGUACUGAGACGUGCUCUCCUUAUGAAUACUAUGCGCUCCUUAAUUUAUGUUAAUUGUAAGAUGUGUACAUCUUAGAUAAUAGUGGAAUGCAACUGUUAUAUUGAUCACUUAAAUAAGAUUUAGCUUAAAGUUGCAACAUUC